CCGUUUCCCGUCGAUCGCGGACGACGGGAGCGCAAAGAGCAACGCGUUGGCUGGUUUUGGGUUUGCUACCCGAGAGCUUAAAUCACCGACGCUUCGAUCAACAUAUAAGAUCCAGCAAUAUUAUGGAAUUCGUAGUAUUAAUCAACUAAAAAUAAGCUGGAAUUCAGGACAAGUGAUGUUUCUCCAGACUGAUAACUGCGUGAAUAACUAAUCAAGAGGUGGGGGCCAGUUAACCGGCUAGCUAGUUAGCUGCCUAGCUAACUGUCACGAUCCAGCUAGUUGACUGGCCAUUGAAUCCUCUGCCAUCUAGUUCAGCCGGCCCAAAGAAACGGCUUGGACUAUACUUGGUUGAGAGUUCUGGUAUCGUAUUUUCUCCUUUCACCCGCGGACUCUCUAGACCUUUCGUCCGCUUUAGCCUUUGCCACUGGAGGAACUUGUGAGCGGCGAAACACGCAAUACCAGAGAAGGUUAUAUUUAUGCGCUUGCCGCCGACAUUUAAAAAAGAUUUGGAGAGUUUACGCCGGUCUGGCUUCGUCCAGACUAUAUAUCUGAGGCCCACGGGCCUCCACUACAACUGCCAACAAUGCUCAGAAUUCCCACUUCACUAGUGGUCCUCUGCCCUCCACCCCCCUUUUUUGAAAUCUGAUAAAUUGUUCUCUUUACCACUCUCCCGAGGCAUUCCCAGUUCUCGUUCAUUGCCCCGAAUAUAGGUAGUUCAAUACCACGAUGUUUCUCUUUCAACAGACAAAACUUUUCAAUAAGAAAUUACCGGUGCUCGUUGCGGUGGGCAGCCUGGUAUUCUUUACUGCGCUUCUAUUUACCCUCCAUCGACCCGGCUACUGGAGAAACUCCCGGAUUGCUGGCCCUUAUACUCGACAAAAGGACAAUGACAUUCUGAAUAAUGUUUUCAAUUCAACUCUCGGAUUUGAGCGAAUAUAUGUUGUUAAUCUCCCCUCACGGACUGACCGGCGUGAUGCCCUUGUGUUGAUGGCUGCUGUCAGCGACAUCAAACUCCACUGGGUUGACGGUAUUAUGGGGGAUACCGUCGUGGAUAAGGCCUUACCACCGCCCGCAACACACAAGUUCAAGUCUGCAAAUAUUGGGAGCUGGAGGGGUCAUCUUAAUGCCCUUCAAGAUAUUGUGGAAAACAAUAUAAAUUCCGCUCUGAUACUUGAGGAUGAUGCAGAUUGGGAUAUACGCAUCAAACCACAGCUUAGGGACUUCGCACUUGCCUCUAGGGCUCUGGUCCAGCCUCUUUCAGGGGCAGAGCAUCUUGCAUAUGCGGACCCAACUUUCCCCGACCCUAGAAAGUCUUCAGGAGCGCUGAAAGAUAUCCUUGUAAGCAACGAUACUAUCCCGCCUGUGAAUUCUCCGUAUGGAGAUAAUUGGGAUAUACUGUGGCUCGGCCAUUGUGGAGUAAAUUUUCCAGACGCAGCUCUUCGGGAGGUUGGAAAGGAUAUACCCAAGGGUCGAGUUAUCCAAAAGAAUGACUCCACGGUCCCCGAACAGAAGUAUCUAGUGCUCGCCCCGGGAAAUGAAGAGUUUAAAACACUAUUUCCACCACAUACAAGGGUGGUCCACCAUGCAAUGACGCCCGUUUGCUCCCUUGUAUACGGCGUUUCCCAGAAAUCAGCACGGAGACUCCUAUAUGAAUUUGGCGUGAAGAAAUUUAAUGCCCCUUAUGAUCUUAUGCUCCGGGAUGCAUGCGAGGGCAUCCAAGGCCGUAUCAGAAAUACGUGUUUGACAGUGCAGCCGCAACUAUUCAACCAUCAUCGUCCGGCAGGAAAUGUUAGCCAUUACAGCGACAUCUCAGAGCAUAAAGGUGAGAUGAUCGAACAGGCCUCUACUCAAAUGAUCCGAUGGAGCACGAGUUUGAAUCUCCCAAAACUUAUCUCGGGCGAUACAAACUAUGAUGACCAGUUUCCGGACAAAAACUAGGUCAUCUAUAGGAAAGACGCAUCAGAAGGGUCUUGGGCAGAGCGGGGCAUAUAAUGCUAUAUGACAUAAGUUAACACUCUAUUUUGGUUUAAACGGCGUUUUGGAUAUAUAUAAAGGGAGCAUACAAUAAUCCGAAUUACAUAUUGAAAGAUGACCUUUACCUGGGUUGAGGAUUGAUAAACACUAGCGAAACCUGGAAUAUGACACAUGAACGCCAUUUCAGUGAUAUGUGUCGACAUGGCUUUGGUAUCAAGUGAUCACCAAUUACAAUUGGAGGAUGGCUCUGCAAACUUGGUAUCUCUUUUCUUUGACAAGCAUUCGGGCGUAUAGACGGAUUACUGAGCACGUCUAUAGCUGUCUCGCGUUGGGUUGAGCAGAACAGGCUGCCGUCCAGCAUUUCCUGAUGUCUUCCUUCUGCCAAC